AUGGGGAUGAAAAAUAUGAUGGUCUACUGCAUCACUAUAAUUCCCUAUUGUCUCAGUGAAUGGCCAUCGAUAUGGAAAAUACAAGACAAUCAUGUCGAUCCGAAGUUUACCUUUGCUCAAUUAGCAUCGGAAAGCAUCACCAGUGAACAGUUAUAUCUUUGGUCGGCACCAAUGGAUAUUAUUCAACGGUAUCAGAAUUAUCUUGAUAGCUCGUCUCAUUUGACUCUCGAGUCCAUGGGUAAAGAACUUUUCUACAACUGUACAUUGCCAAAUUUUGGUCCAUCCUGUGAAUACAGUUUACUUGCUUACAAAUCUCAUCAAUCAUCUUUGGAUCAAAUCGUUAGAGAAUAUUACAGAAACAAUCCAUACGAACCAACGAGCCUAACAUGUUAUAUGCAUCUACAAUGCGAUCGAGGUUCACCGGCCAUUUGUCUUGAUUGGACCGAAAUAUGUGAUGGAAAAGUCGAUUGCUUCGAUGGUGGCCGCGACGAAGAACACUGUUGGCAAAUGGAAAUAAACCAAUGUAAUGAGAACGAAUUUCGCUGUCUCGAUGGGCAAUGUAUACCCAUGGCGUUUCUUCGUGAAGUAGAGUUUCAUUUCGANUCCUGGCUACCGUCAUAG